AUGGACCCCGAAGACCAGGAACAGAAGGAAAGAGCUUCGGAAAGCCCCUUCGGUCAUCAUGAGAGCCCAGAGUGGAAGGCAGCCGAAAGGCGAGUUGUCCGCAAGCUGGACAUGACACUGAUGCCCAUGGUUUGGAUCCUCUACAUGUUCAAUUAUCUUGACAGGAACAACAUCGCACAAGCUCGUCUCGAUGACUUUGAAUCCGACGUCGGGCUCGCUGGCAACCAGUUCAACGUUGCAGUAUCCAUCCUCAAUGUCGGCUACAUGCUCGCCCAACUACCCUCCAAUAUGAUUCUCACAAGAGUCCGUCCGAGCAUCUACCUCCCAUGCUGUGUCAUGGUCUGGUCCUGUAUUUCUGCAGCUACCGCGGGUGUCACGAGCUUCUCUGGCCUCAUCGCAGUCCGUUUCUUCCUUGGCAUUGUGGAAGCCCCGUUCUUUCGUAUGUUUCUCAUCGCCUUCUUCAUGCUAUCAGCCUGGUACACCCGCAAAGAGCUCGCUCUCCGAACCGCCGUUCUCUACUCCGGACUCGUCCUGGCGACCGCAUUCUCCGGCCUAAUCGCGGCGGGAAUCUUUGCCGGCAUGUCAGGUGUCAGAGGCCUGCACGGCUGGCAGUGGCUCUUUAUCCUCGAGGGAACCGGGAGCAUUGUAGCAGCCAUUAUCGCUUUCGCUCUGCUUCCAGACUUUCCCGAGUCCAAAACUGGAAGUGGAAAGUGGUUGUUCAGUAGUGGAGAGCUAGAGUUGGCUCAACAGCGCAUUGCUCUGGACCGUGUCUCGCUUCCCGAGGCUGAUCGCUCCGUGUGGCAUGGCUUGGGACUCGCUGUCAGGGACAUCCGCACUUGGAUCUUUGUCGUCAUCCUUUGUGCCAACCAUACGGCCUAUGGCUUCAACAACUUCUUCCCGACUAUCGUCAAGUCCAUGAACCUCGGCUCCCGGACUGUCACUCUAGUUCUCACCGCGCCCCCGUACCUCUUCGGCGCCGCCAUAUCCUUCCUCGUGGCCUACUCCAGCGACCGUCACAACGAGCGAGGCUACCACAUCAUGGCGCCCAUGGCCGUGGCUAUUGCCGGCUUCAUCAUCUCUGCCGCAACUCUCAAUAUCCCGGCUCGGUAUUUUGCCUCAUUUCUCUACUGCGCCGGCGCUUUUGCCGCCAACGCCACGGUAUACUCGUGGGCUGCGUCUUCCCUAAACCAGACACCAGAGAAGAGGGCAUGCGCAACCGCUAUUGUCAACCUGCUGUCUCAGCUUGGCAACAUCUGGAGCCCUUACUUCUUUCCUGCUUCCGAUGGACCGCGCUAUGUUAUGGCCAUGCUGCUUAUGAUGGCGUUCUCUGUUCUGAGUAUUAUAGCGUCAAUGCUCAUGAAGUUUUUGUUGAAGAAAGAGAAUAAGAAAAUGCUAGCGGAGGCAGAGCGAACAGGGCAGCAAGUGAAACUGUACACUGAGUAA